CUCAGUUUAACUCGCGCCUCGAUUCGGAACGGAUCGGCCAACACUAUCUUCGCAUAUCACUCAACUGGCCGGUCGCAUCGGGACCAGUUCCUGCAAAAAGGAACUCGAGCGAACUCGGCAAUUUAAUUAAUCGCAUAAGUGCCGAUUAGAUUGUACGGUGUACGAGCGUGACUACUAUUUGGCUAUUGAUAAUAUGCCCACUAUAUAGGCAGCUCUUCACUCGUGUCUGGAACUUUGUUUGCUAUCCCUUGCUAUCACUCCACUGCCUAUCAGGAAGCCAAGUCCGCAAUCUAAUCGACGGCAAUCGAUGGUUGGCUAAUUCCCGCUGACAAGACAGAAGCAUCCCGCAUUUGGUGGCGGUACGGAAUCGAAGAUGACGGAAGUGAAGCGUCGGGGCUCGAGUCCCCCGCCCGGGCACUACUUGUGCGGCAUGGCCAACUGGCAUCCGGCCUGGCUGCAGAAGUACGCCACCACCAAGAUGUUCAUGGGCGUCUACGGGCUGCUCGGCACCAUCCAGGCGAUGUCCUACAUGUACUUCAUUGUCACUCUCACGACGCUGGAAAAGCGCUUCAAGAUUCCCAGCCAAACAACAGGAAUAAUUCUGAGUGGCAAUGAAAUCUCACAGAUCAUGCUCUCGCUCAUCCUUUCCUAUAUCGGUGGUCAGCGGAAUCGACCCCGUUGGAUUGCCUGGGGCAUUGUCUUCUGCGGCCUGUCCUGCUACAUCCUCGUCCUGCCUCAUUUCAUCUACGGAGCUGGUCACGAGGUGCUGCAGUACACCAAGGAGUACCAGGACAGCCUGCUUAAUGGCACUUCUGGCUCGAAUCACACCUUUCAGAAUAACAGCUCUGUGAAGUCCGAGCGAGUCUGUGGAGCGGGCAAAACCGAGGAUGACUGCGAUGAUCUCUUCUCCUAUGUGCCACUGGUGCUCAUCUUCGUCUCGCAGUUUGUGCUGGGCGUGGGCAACACCAUGUACUACUCCCUGGGACAAACCUACCUGGACGACAACACCAAGAAGACAAACACUCCGCUCAUGCUGGCGGUGGCCAUGGCACUCAGGAUGAUUGGCCCAGUCGUGGGAUUCUUCUUCGGUUUCAUAUCGCUAAACACCUUCAUCGAUCCAACCAAGACUCCUUUGAUCGACAGCAAGGAUCCUCGCUGGCUGGGCGCCUGGUGGCUUGGCUGGGUGAUCCUGGGCACCCUCAUGUGCCUCUUCUCGGGUCUGAUCGGACUCUUUCCCAAGCAAUUGCCCAAGAUCAACGCACCAAGGACCAACUCCCACUUGCCGUUGGCACUGCGCCAGACGAAGGAGGAGCUCAAGCGGGAGGAGAACAUCGCCCUGAGCAGUCGCUUCUCCUCGAACGCCGCUCUGGAUACCAUUGGAGCAGCUGCGGGGGCCAAUGCAGAUCUGCCCAAGCUGAAGGACUUCCCACGCGCCCUCAUGAGACUGCUGCGCAACAAGCUGCUCAUCUUCAACAUCCUCUCGGCGGUCUUCUAUAUCCUGGGUGCUUCGGGCUUCAUGACCUUCCUCACCAAGUACAUGGAGGUGCAGUUCCACAAGGAUGCGCAGGGUGCCACCAUAAUCGUUGGUCCCAUAUCCAUCAUGGGCAUGGUGGUGGGUCUGAUUGGCUCGGGCAUGGUGCUGUCCAAAAAGAAGCCCAGCGUUAGCAAGGUCCUCAUGUGGAACGUGAUCGUUGGUGGGAUCUCGAUCUUGGGUCAGAUCUCAUACGCUUUCCUCUACUGCCCGAAUACCUUUUCCAUGACGAACGUGGGACAGCUUAACCUGACGAACAACUGCAACAUGAACUGCUCCUGCGAGGGCAUCACUUACACACCCGUCUGCCACGAGCCAACGGACACCACCUACUUCUCGGCCUGCCAUGCCGGAUGCCGGGGAUACAAUGCCACAUCCAAGUUGUACGAGGACUGCAGUUGUGUGGCCAAUGACACGCCACCAAAAGGUGCGGCACAGCGGCUGCUGAGUCUAUUGCAACCCUCUCCAGAACCCGAACUGGAUGCCACCACUUACUUUGAUGAUGAUCUGAGCGGAGUGCCAUUGCUCGACGACAACGGUGACUUCGAUGAUCACCUGCUGUCCAGGACGAGGAGAUCCACACCCGAUUCGGUGCUCCGACCGGGCAUUUGUACAAAGAACUGCAACUGGAGCUUUUGGGGCUUUUCCCUAACCUCGAUGAUCGUCAGCUGGUUCGGUUCGUCCGGUCGCGUGGGCAACGUCCUGGUCAACUAUCGAGCCGUGGCCCACGAGGACAAGUCCUUCGCCCAGGGACUGGCCCUGAUGAUGAUCAGCCUCCUGGCCCUGAUACCCGGACCCAUCAUGUUCGGCCGCCUCAUAGACUCCACGUGCCUGGUGUGGACGAAGACCUGCAAUGGCAAUGGCAACUGCCAGUUGUACGACCAAACCCGCUUCCGUUACUCCCUCAACUUCUUAUCCUGCAUGCUCACCUUUAUGGGACUCCUCUUCGAUUACCUCGUUUGGUACUAUGGACGCACCCUGGACAUUUACGGCGACAAGGAGGCCAAGGAGGAGGAGCGAGCCAACAGGAGAGACCAGCCCAUUACUCCGCUCCUGGCCACGAAAGCCGAACAGGAAUAAAACUAAGCGGGAAACCCAUCCGUGAUACUGAAUCAUAAGGAGUAGAUUCAUAUAAUACACGCCAGACACGAGUAUUUCAUAAUAAUUAAUCAAAGCACAUACAUUCCUAGAGUAAGUUUUUGUAACCGAAAUAGAGAAAAAUCGGGCAAAGCCUAUAUUCCAAUGCCAUAUGUACAAAUCUUUCGCUUUUCGAUAGGAAUUUAGCUGUUGAACCCGCGCUAUCAAAUGUUGUCUUUCUGUGUACAAUUGUUAAUUAUGUUUACUUUGUGCUAAGAUCCAUUAAACAUACCAUGCUAAGUUUAACAACAAAAAUUAAAAGAAUUUAUUGUACGUAUGUAUAAAAAUGCUUUCAAAUAAAAAUAUAUGUUUAUUUAAAAAUUAUGGGGUGUCAAAUCAUAGAAAUUAAAAACUUUUUGUGUGUUAAAUCCACUUUUGCCAAAAUGUGGUUUUCCCAUACAGGCAAAUUUCCAAAGAACCAAAGUAUGAUUUGUUAGGUUUCAUUUUUGUUGAAAUUUUUCUUCUCACUUUUAUUGAUAAAAAAUGUUCAAAUUUAUGCAGAUCGUUUGUUUUUUCAUUCCAUACGUAUAUGUAUAAUAAUAAUACACUUUAAUUUCGAUUUUUGUAUAAAUAUUCCCGUUUGUCUAUAUCAUUUCUAUUAUUACGAUCGCUCUUAUUCCUCAGUGGCGUAGUUUUCGACUUCCGUUUUCCGUUUUCGCGUGUGAUUUGGUUGAGUGUCCGUGUUGAAGUGUUUGUGUGAAACAUUUGAAAUGAGUUUCCGCGUUGUCAACAAUUGUAUCGCACUUAGCAUUACUACAAUAAUAAGAAUUAAUUAUCAAUCGAGUUCGAUUCGUAGGAGGCUGCGAAAAGCGUUAAAAGCUGGUUUAAGUCCUUCAAUUAUUAGGUCCUCAAUGUAAGUAUAAUCAGUUAAUUAAAUUAACUUCGACUUAUGGGGACUGCUCAACGUGCUUAAUUGAUAUUAUAUUAUUUACUUGUGUCUGUUACGGCAACAACUUUCAAUUUAACAAAGACUGAAUUUUCGACAAUGACAGGGGAAGACAGACUUCGAAUAAUGGGGUUGAAUGUUUUGAAACCGCCUUGGUCCGGGAUUUGAAUGAGUGAAUAAACAAUACAGGGGUAAACUUAAAUAAAAACUUCCGAUAGUUUAUGUUUUUGUUUCUGCUCGGUAGCAAAAGGCAUUUUAUUUUUUCAUAAAUGGGUUUCGUGUUCAACUUGCACGAAUUCUUCAAAUUAACUAAAUUAUACAAAAUCAAAUGUUUUUAAUCAG